GCAGGUGAUCAACACAAGUGCGGUCCUUCUCUCCGACCGCCAUGCCGGGCGACGACGACCAUGAGCGCGUCGAGCUGCUCGCCGAGUUCGACAUCGCGGAGCACGAUGCUGAGGGUGGGAAGACGGAGCAUCGGCGGCAGAUUCGGCGGCGCGCGUGGCAUCCGGCGCACGUGCUCUUUCUGCUUCUAUUCUUUCCGCUUUUGGUAAUCCUUGUCUUUGUCCUUCUCCGCCCGCCCGCGCCGAAGGACUUCGAAAUCGCGGAAUCUAGGUUCCGACUCGCAGGAUCGGUUAAGAUAUCUUCCGAACCUACUACUCGUGAAUACUUCUGGACAGUGACCAAGGCAGAUGGCGCGCCUGCAGGAGCACGGAAACCUAUUUUACGCGUUAAUGGCCUCUCACCUGGGCCCACGAUUGAGGCCAACUCUCACGACAGAAUCAUUGUACAUGUCACCAACGGACUAGACGAUGACAACACCUCAAUCCACUGGCAUGGCCUCAGACAGAACGGCACCAAUUACUACGACGGCACGCAAGGGAUAACACAAUGCGGCAUCCCACCAGGCGAGACGCUUGUCUACAACUUCACCUUGGAUGGGUGGGCUGGAACGACUUGGUGGCACUCGCACACGAACACUCAGCACACGGACGGGCUUUACGGCGCUAUCGUUGUUCACGAUCAGCCAGCGGCCACUCCUCCAUACGACGGCGGAGACCUUGUCCUUCUCCUGUCCGACCUCUACAAUACCUGGUCCCCGCUUCUCACCGCCGAAUACCUCUCGAACACCGACGUCGAGGUCUCACCCGAGCCCGUGCCCGAUGCCAGUGUCAUCAAUGGCAUCGGCCAGUACUCCUCCUGCUGGUCCGUCCCCGAGGAGGACCGUCCAUCGUGCGAGGGCAAGGCGGCGAACCCGGACUACUUUACCUACGACCUCGAGCCUAAUAAGACCUACCGCCUCCGCCUCAUCAACGCCGGCUCGCACGCAUCCAUCUGGUUCUCCGUCGACGGCCACUCCCUCACCGUCAUCGAAGCGGACGGCACGCCCGUCGAGCCGCAAAUCGUGUCGAGCCUGCAGAUCCACGUCGCGCAACGGUAUAGCGUGCUGCUGACGACGAAUCAAACGGCGGGGUCGACGACGAAGCAAGCCGUGAACGCAGGCGAUAAUGGGGGCAAUGAGCCCCAGGAAUUUUGGAUGCGCUCCGAGCUUGACAAGCGCAUGUUUGCGUAUGAGAACAUGGCCCUCAACCCCCUCGCACUCGGCAAAAUUCGCUAUCGCACACCCAUCACAGGAUCUAUGCCUCCUGCCCCGUCCUCCCUUGAUCCCGCGGACCUCCCCUCCCUCGACCCCCUCACCCUCAACCCCGUCCCAGCGCUCUCCGCCCCGCCCACCUCCUCCCUUCUCAUCCACACCAAAUUCAGUAUCCAACGCAUCUACACGCACGAAUGGCGGAGUUUCUUCGACUACAUGAGCUGGGAGGCGCUCCCCGACGGACAGGCGUCCAUCGUCGCGGACGUGGCGGCCGGCGCGCAAGAGGACGGCCUGUGGGAGUUGCCGGGAGACCAGCUGGUGGCGCGCGUCGACGACGUGAAGGUGGUAGAUAUCGCGAUCGACAAUCUCGAUGAUGGGGACCAUCCCUUCCAUAUACAUGGGUAUAAGCCAUGGAUCGUCAGUGAGGGGCCAGGACGCUACGUCCCCGGAAGGAGCGUGGUGAAUACGACGAAUCCGAUGCGCCGUGACACGUUCUUCAUCCCCGCCUUCCACUACGCAGUGAUACGCUUCGUGGCCGACAUGUCGGGGUACUGGGCGCUCCACUGCCACCUCACCUGGCACAUGGCCAACGGCGGCCUCUUCCAGAUCGCGACGCUGCCCUCGCGGUUGAAUCAGACCGAGUUUCCGGAGGAUAUCUUGCGGCAUUGUGCGAUGGCGAAGGGGGAGGUAUAGAGAGUACGGAGGAGAGGGCGAGAAGAUGGGGGCGUACGACAGGGUGCGCAUUGGUUAGGGAGAGUGCGAUAAACGAGAGAGAAGGCGUGAAAGGGCACAAUGACAUUGGGAAGGGCGGCGCGGGGUAGAAAAAGCGACAUGAAGGACAGAAGCCGAGGAAGCGAAGAAGAGGAAGACUAGACGGACGUCUUCUGUCAUGAGAACUUUGACGUUUUCUGUCAAAGAGCAUGUUCAACAAGUUGCAUCCGUGCUUCCGAGAAGCAGACCCCUUCGCGGGCUUCUUGCGCGUCAAGAGUCACCGAGGCUCAUUGUGAUCGCUCCUGUAGUCUGUACCGCCUCAUACGACAUACAAACGGUCGCAGAUAUAAUCAAGCAUGGAAAUAGAUGGUCUGGCGCACAGGGGACGAGGUGCAGAUAUUGUGGCA